AUGUUACUCGUUGUCGGUAUCAUUAUUUGUUUCACACAUAUUUUUGCCACAAUUGGUUCAUCACCAAUUGUUUUAUGGCAUGGUAUGGGGGAUAGUUGUUGUGAUCCAUACAGUCUUGGAUCAAUAAUUAAAUUAAUUGAACGUCAAUUAACACCAACUCCUUAUAUUCAUUCAUUACGAAUUGGAUCGAAUAUUGAAGAAGAUCAAUUAAAUGGAUUUUUUAUGAAUGUUAAUCAUCAAAUUGAUUAUGCUUGUCAAUUAUUAAAUGCUGACAAAAAUCUUUCAAAAGGUUAUCAUGCUAUUGGAUUUUCUCAAGGUGGACAAUUUCUUCGUGCUAUUGCUCAACGUUGUCCUAAUCCACCAAUGCUUAAUUUAAUUUCUAUUGGCGGUCAACAUCAAGGUGUUUUUGGAUUUCCACGAUGUCCAGGAGAUAAUAUAACAAUAUGUAAUUAUGUUCGAGAAUUAUUACGUAUUGGCGUCUAUGAAUCAUUUGUACAAGAUCAUCUUGUUCAAGCAGAAUAUUGGCAGGAUCCUCAUCAAGAAGCAACGUAUCGUAAAGUAAGUGUAUUUUUAGCCGAUAUCAAUCAAGAACGUAUAUUCAAUGAACAAUAUAAAACAAAUCCUUUAAAAAUUGGUAAUUUAGUUCUUGUAAAAUUUUUACGUGAUACAAUGGUAUAUCCAAAUGAAAGUGAACAUUUUGGUUUUUAUGCUGAAAAUAAUACAUCAAAAAUUAUUCCCUUACGUGAAAGUUCAUUAUAUAUCAAUGAUUUAUUAGGUUUAAAAAUAAUGGAUCAACAAUCACGUAUUAAAUUUCUUGAAUCAGAUACGAAUCAUUUAGAAUUUACUGAUCAAUGGUUUAUUGAUAAUAUAAUUCCAUUUUUAAAAGAUUAA